AAAAUUUAAAAAUGGCUUCUCCUCGUAAAGACUACAACUUCUUCCUAAAAAUGAUUCUUAUCGGUGACUCUUCAGUAGGCAAGAGCUGAUUGCUCAUCAGGUUCGCUGACGAUGACUUUGUUGAUAACUAUGUCACCACAAUAGGGGUUGACUUCCGGUUUAGAACUAUGAAAGUCGACGAGAACUCAGUGAAACUACAGAUUUGGGACACUGCUGGCCAAGAAAGAUACAGGACCAUUACAAAUGCUUACUAUAGAGGUGCCGAUGGCAUAGUCAUCGUAUUCGACCUCACUAGUAAGGAAUCCUUUAUGAACCUGUACGAUUGGCUUGACGAAGUCAAGAAAAACGCACCUGAAAAUAUCAAUAUUAUUGUUUUUGGUAAUAAGUCAGACCUUAAAGAGGAAAGGACAGUCACAGAAGAGGACGUAGCCAGUUUUACAAAGAAAACAGGUAUACCGAUUUUUGAAGCUAGUGCCAAGACUGCAGAGAAUGUGGAGAAGGGCUUCAUUACUUUGACCAAACAAUUAAUCGUGAAGAAGCUAGAAGAAGAUGAUGAGGAAGAAGAGGAAUUCUUUGAUCCAGCUAACUAUAAUGGCACUAUUGGUGCCAAAAGUCUCAGAUCUGCAGGUGUAAAGGAGACUAUACAAGAAUACGGUUGUUGUGCGGGUAAAUAAGCAAAUUCUUAGCAA